AUUGUAAUAUUUCCCAAAGUUCCUCCUUUUUCUCAACCCUUUUCCUCUCUCUCUCUCUCUCUCCAUUCUCCCACUUCCAUUUAUUUUCUCAUCUCAAAGAGAGAGAAAACUAGACACCCAAUAAGAGAAGAAGAAGCAGAAGCUAAAGAAAGAGAAAGCACAUCACAGUUCCACACAACCUGAACAAUAAACACAGAACAGCACACGAUCUCACUCUCACUCUCACUUCUCCACCUUCACCGCACCAACCAAGCCCUCUCUCCCUUCUUCUACUUCUCGGCGCAAAUGGAGGUGAUAGCACUCUACAAGCUUGAAUCUCGCGGGAUAGUGUAGUCCCGUUAAGAUUUUUUUUGUUUCAACUUUGUUACUCUCUUGCUCUUCUUCUUUCACGCGCUCUUUCUCUCUCUACCUUUUUUUCUCUCUCUCUCUCUAAACCUUCCUCUGCCGGAGGAUGGCCUGCCGGUGCCGGAAACUGACGGUGGUGAACUUGGAUCCGGAGAGAAAGCGAAGCGGGGGGUUGAGGACUAAACAGGCAGGGAGAGGAUCGUGCCGUGGUAGUUAGUUUUUCGGGAAUGCGCCUUUUGCUCUCUCUCUCUCUUAGUGCUAGUGUGACUCCAUUGCGUUGGAAAAAGGAUAACUUUUGAGCGGUUUAGGAACCCCUUUUGCCGGAAACAAAAUGGGGUUUUUGCUGAAAGAGGCUUUGAGGACUCUGUGCUCAAGGAAUCGUUGGUCUUAUGCCGUCUUCUGGAAGAUCGGUUGCCACAAUUCCAAGCUGUUAAUCUGGGAAGAUUACUACUAUGAACCCUUGCCAUCUCCUUUCCCUCCACGAGCUGUUGGGAUGUCUAAUUUUCCUCGCCGAGAUGGGGAAGGAUGUUGGUUUUCUUCUGAGUCUCAGCUAGGGAUUCAGGAGGAGGACAGAGUCUGUGUAUUGCUUAACAAGAUGAUGGUGAAUAAUUCAGGAGGAGGACAGAGUCUGUGUGUUGCUGGAGAAGGGAUAGUUGGACGGGCAGCAUUUACAGGAAACUAUCAGUGGAUUCUUUUGAACAAUUUCACUAGAGAUGCAUAUCCACCAGAGGUAUAUCCCGAGUUGCAUUACCAAUUUUCAUCUGGAAUGCAGACGGUAGCAGUUAUUCCUGUGCUUCCCCAUGGGGUUGUUCAAUUUGGUUCUUUCUUGCCAAUAAUGGAAGAUAUGGGAUUUGUGAAUGAUGUGAAGAACUUGAUCUUGCAAUUGGGAAGUGUACCUGGCGCCCUUUUAUCUGAAGAUUAUUCAGCAAAAGUUUCUAAUGAAAAAUUUGCUGGACCUAUGACCUUUGAUCCACCGGUCAUUACUUCAAACUGCACUCCCUCAGCAGCUAAUGGUUCCAACCAACUAACUAAUUCUACUCUUGCUUCAAGGUCCAUUGCUCAGCCACCUCACCCUCUAAGGGGAGAAAUAAAUAAUUUCCACGGUUCUGUAUUGACACCUCGAACCAUUGACUCGAACCAGAUAUUUGAUAGCAUUUGCCAGCCAAAGGUUCAUUCAAUGAUCAAAGCAAAUGUCUGUGGCCAACAGAAGAAAGUUGUGGAGGCUGAAGCUAAAGUGAUACCUUCAAAUUUUGAUUCAUGUCUGCAGCAGCAUUCUGUUUAUAAUGCUAGAUCUGCAUUCAACGAAUUAGCUUUCAAUCAAUCAAAUCUUAGUGAACGUAGCCUUAAAUAUAUGGAACAACAAACAUCAGGUGUUGGGAGACAGAAUCAUGUUAAUCCUAACAUGAAUCCAUCGAGUGCCUUAAAUAUGCCUCAAAUGAAAACUGAUGGAGGCCAAAUUCUUGAACAGAGUCAGAGUUCUGGUAGCACUUCACUACUUGGAGGAAUCCCAAUAUGCAGUGGGAGUAAUCUUUUGAGGACGAAUAUGAUUAGCUGCUCAGUUUCAAAUCCUCCCAGAGUAUCCACUUCUGAUUUCCGUGGAGCACACAGGGUUGGGUUUGGACUUCAAAAUAACAAUUCAACAACUAAUGCUGGGCUUUGCUCUGUGCCCAAUUUCACUAAUCCAUCUGUUACCAGUCACAUGAAUAUAGAAGGCUCUGGUCAGAAGAAUCUUCCAAUUGAUUUAAAGAAUGCUUGUAAUGCUUUGGCUUCAACUGAUCAAAGGAUAGAUGAUGAUAUGCUUCAGGCCCUUAAGAUUCCAUCUCUUCAUCUUGAGGAGCAUGUGCCUAUGGGCGAUCACAUCCCUGGUUUUGUCCUCAAUAAAGAUGUUACUAGUCAACAUAUGAAAAUGAAUGUUAAGCACGAGGAAGCCUAUACUCAACUUCCAUCUGGUGAUGACCUCUUUGAUGUUUUAGGUGUGGAUUUCAAAAGGAGACUGCUCAAUGGAAACUUGGAUAAGCUGCUUGCCACUGAUUCAGAUGCCAAUGCAGGACAUCUAGAUAAAAAAGCAACAUGCAUGAAUUUGCAAGGUGUAGAUCAUGAUAAUAGUUACACUGUUAGUGAAGCAAUAUCAGACAGUGGCAUCUUCUCUGGAAUGGGCACUGACCACCUCUUAGAUGCUGUGGUAUCAAAAGCUCAAUCUGCUGCAAAACAGAAUUCUGAUGAAAUGUCUUGCAGGACAACGUUGACAAGGAUUAGUACUGCCUCCGUUCCCUCUCCUUCGUGCAAGCAGGUUAUGUCUGAUCAUGUUGUCCAAAGGGGAUUGUUUGAUUUUCCCAAGACCGGAACUAAAACAGCUGCUGCAGAAACAAGUUCUCUUAGGUCAGGGUGUAGCAAGGAUGAUGCUGGAAACUGUUCUCAAACUACUUCCAUAUAUGGCUCUAAGCUUAGUUCAUGGGUUGAGAAUGGCAGUAAUGUGAAACGUGAAAGUAGCGGUUCAACUGGAUACUCCAAGCGACCAGAUGAAGUUUGCAAAUCAAAUCGUAAAAGACUUAAACCUGGAGAGAACCCUAGGCCUCGGCCCAAAGAUCGCCAAAUGAUUCAAGAUCGUGUGAAGGAGUUACGGGAAAUUGUGCCAAACGGAGCAAAAUGUAGCAUAGAUGCUCUUCUGGAAAAGACUAUCAAGCACAUGCUUUUCCUGCAAAGUGUGACAAAGCAUGCUGACAAGCUGAAGCAGACAGGGGAGUCUAAGAUUGUUAGUAAAGAAGGUGGAUUGCUAUUAAAAGAUAACUUUGAGGGAGGGGCUACAUGGGCAUAUGAGGUUGGCUCACAAUCAAUGGUCUGUCCUAUUAUUGUUGAGGAUCUUAAUCCUCCUCGUCAGAUGCUAGUAGAGAUGCUUUGUGAGGAACGGGGUUUCUUUCUGGAAAUAGCUGACUUAAUCAGAGGUUUAGGCUUAACCAUCUUAAAGGGGGUCAUGGAAGCUCGCAAUGACAAGAUUUGGGCACGCUUUGCUGUUGAGGCAAACAGGGAUGUAACGAGGAUGGAAAUAUUCAUGUCGCUGGUUCGGCUUUUGGAUCAAACCGUGCGAACGCAGUUGAUAACAACAUGAUGGUGUAUCAUUCUUUCCCACAAGCUACCCAGAUACCAGCAACUGGUAGGCUUAGUAGUUUGCAAUGAACCAUCUACUUAUAGUUUCUUGGUUUGGAUGCCGUUGGGAGCAAGUCUGGCACAUGCAUGCAAUGACUGGCAUCAAAUCCACUCCAUAAUACCUGAGGUGAAGUUAACUUGUGCUAAUUACUGUUUCACCUCAGUUUGGAGGGGGUUGAGUUUAGUUAGUGAAGAGCAUCUCAAUUCAAAUGAUUUGUAUAAUGUAUAUGCAUGUUUCAUUCUGUGCCUGCCAAGGUGACUUAUCCUGUGUUGACAAUUUCUACUGAUGCUUUAGGCAACUCUUAGAUAACUUGCAGGCAUUUUUUUUUUCUAUGUUUGUGUAAUGCCAUUGGUCUGGGAUAAGGCUUUCGUUGUUGAGUAAUGCCAUUGGUGUGAUUCAGCUGUAUAGAAAUUGUAGGAUUUGCAAAGGGGGUGGUCACAUGUUUGACCAUCAAGCUUAUGCAUGUGUUCCUCCUUUAUGACCUUUUUUCUCCAUGUUUAAUUUUUUCUUGGAGUGGAGUGGUGAUAUUGGCUGUGUUAUAAUAUACAAUUUUUAUUAAUAUCACCUUUGUAUGGUUUGUUUA